UUCCUGGAUGAGAUGGUUUAGUUUUAAAAUAAACAGGUGAAUAAAGGGGACGGAACACACACACGCACACACAACACCCCUGCUCCUGCCUGCCUUAGGUGCUGGGGGUUGGGCACUGCAUGAUUUUGAUGGAUAAAUCCAGGGGAGCAGGACUGGCAGUGGAAAACAGCAUCCCCCGGGAGGAGUUCGGGGCCAAAGUGAGGGGAUCCCAAGCAGCAGGAGAGUGUGGCAAGCUGAGGUCCUGCGAGAUGUGCACAGCCAGCAGCCACUCCCACAACGGCACCGACUGCGUCUGGGUGGGCUGCGGGACCCCCGAGGAGCCAGAAACAGGGAGCUGCGAGCAGAGAGGGUCAGCAGUGCGGGACACCUGCGCGCUCUACAACACCAGCAGCCAGUGCCGAGCACUGAAGUCCCACACGGAGGAGCCUCCACGAUCCCAUAGCAAGGAGCCAGUGACGCACUCCACAAGGACCACCACCACCAGCGCCCCGCUGACGGGCAGCCCCGAGUUCCACCCGCCCGGCUUCGACACGGCGAGUUUCAUCGGGGGCAUCGUGCUGGUGCUGUGCGUCCAGGCCGUCGCCUUCUUCAUCAUCAAAUUCAUCAAAUCCAAGGACAGCACCUACCAAACUCUAGAGGACAACCAGUAGGUUCUGGGUGCUGGUGGCAGUGGGGAGGGGGUGUCCCCCCGCACUCCCAGAGCUUCACCCCUCCCUCGCACCUCCCCGGGCAGAGGGGGCGUGGACCCUCCCUCCUGGUUUGCAUGGCAGGUGUUUCCCGACUGGUUUUGGUGUUUCCCAACUGGUUUUGGUGUUUCCUGGGGAUGGAAGGGAAGGGGAUCCCCCCCACCCCAUCCCGGCACGGAGCCCUCAGGGCUGCAGCCCCGUACAGCCCCUUCUGCCACGGGGGUGAGGGGUCCCCAGUGCCCCCAACCACACCCCAGCGGGGUGCAGCCCCUCACCCUGAGCCUCCCUGACAGCACGGGAACUCCGGGGCUCCCAGUCUGGCCCCAGUUUGGCCCCAGCAAGCACCCAGGAGCCCCCUUCCCACUGCCCCCUGCCCUGCUGCCUCCCCACAGCCUCCUGGGGCUGGGGGUCCCCUCUUCCCCUCGGGGCUCUCGGGUGCUUUUCCCUCUCACAUUUUGUGUCUGGAGCACCCAACCACGCCCUGCCACCCCCCAGCCCCCCUCACCCGCCGGAGGAGCGGGGCCAGGGCCUUGCUGUGUGCUUUUGCUGUGCCUCUGUGUGCUCUGGGGGGGCUCGGGGGGUCCCUCUCCCCCACCCUCUUUCUGUGUGCUCUUUUGGGGAGGGGGCUGCGUGUCGUGUGCCGUGGGGUGACACUUGUAGCUCGGGCUGCCCCCAUUAAACUCUGCCAGGCGGUGUCUGCGUUGUGUCGGGGGCUGCUGUGCCUGGGGGCUGCAGGGACCCCCCCCCGCCCUCCAACCCUUCCCGAGGUGGGGGUGGGCACCGGGACACCCCAGCACCCGUGGGGCUGAAGGGGCCGGGACCCCCAGGGUGGAGCCCCCAGGACCUUUCGUGUCUCCUCUCUGUCUAAUG